GACUCGACCGGACUUCGGAGGCAGGGACGGACCCGAAGAGCGAGGGCGCGGUGGUGGUGGAGGCAUUGAUGCGCUCUGGCAUUCCAUUGGCACUGGCGAGUCGGCGGCGAGCGAGCGACCGAUGGUACAGACUCGGAUGCAGAUGCGGAUUACGAAAACCAAAGCUGCGAGUCAUGACGGGGAAUGACUGUAGCUCGCGGUUCCGCCCUCCAAAAUCACAUUCGCAUCCUUCCUCCUUUUCUGCCGAGAGGCAUUUCUGCUGCCCUGCUUUCUAUGAUGACACGAGAGGCGCAGCGGGAGGUGCUCCAGGGUUGGAAUGGAAUAGGGAAUAUUUGCACAGUCGUCGUUGAUGCGCGGAGCCAUUCGGUGCAGUAGUCCCACUGGCAGUAGAGAGAGAGAGAGAGAGAGAGAUAAGGCAUCUGCUGCGGUGCGGGGUGGGGAGGGGGUUAUGAGAGAGAGCGGUGUCGGCCUGAAUCCGAUGAGUCUCGCGCUGCUGCUGCUGCUGCUGCACUCACCCACUGCGUUCGUUUGUACCGGUGCGCCUUCUCGUCUUUUGUCUUGGCUCCCUGCCAGGCGGUCGCUUUCGUGCGUCUCGAGUCUGCUGUCAGCUACUCGAGUACCGUAGGUCCAUGUCUGCUUCCCGCACGAGAAUGUGAGAGCGCAAGUGAGGCGAGGAGCAGAACCGAGGAGUGCAGCACUGCCUGCCAUCCUUGUGCGCAGCACGUUCUGUCUGUCGUUCUGCAGGCGGUGCGAUGUUUUUCCUCCCGACAUUCUCGCUCGGCUCCUUUGCGUCGAGCUAGAGCAGCAGGUGCGCGAGUGAGGUUGUAAAUGUGACGAUCCCGAAGCGGGUAUUGGCAGAAACUUAGAGGGUCGAAUCUGCGAGCUCGUACAUGAGCUGGUCGAGCGGGCACGGGACAGCCUGUUUCGAUGAAAUGGCCGACGAGAAUCGCCGGCGGUGAAGGGACCGCCUUCCCAAGCAGCACAGGUGUGUCGAGAGGGAUGGGCAGAGUUCGGCAGACGCAAAUCAGCGACCUGCCGGGGGCUGUGCUGACCAGCAUUUUCUCGUUGGUUUCGGAUCCCCGAACUCGGAACAACAUGGCCCUCGCGUGCCGGGACUGGUACCUCUUGGAGAGGCAGACGCGCUCGUCGCUCAUGCUGAGGGGCAAUGUGUGCAAUCUGAUGUCGCUACCGCACUCGUUCAGAAACAUCACGCAGCUGGAUCUGUCGUGCUGCUCGCCUUGGGGGUACUCAGUGUUCCAGUCGACUUCGACGGGAGGAGAGAUGGUGGGCCAGUUGCUGCGCGAGGCUUUUCCCAAGGUCAAAGAUGUGGCGAUAUAUGUUCGAGACGCAGUGGACAUUCAGAUGGUGGCAUGGCUAUGGCCAGAAGUCGAGUCGCUGAGGCUUGUCAGGUGGCAUCAGCGCGCCAUGGAGCCAGGAUCGGGCAUGGAAAUCGGCACCGAAGUGGAGUGCCUGCUCAAGUGCCAGAAGCUGAGAAAACUCGAUCUCUCGCAAUUUUACUGUUGGACCGAGGAUAUCCCUCCCGCUCUCGAGACCGAAACUGCGACUGCAGCGAACCUUCUGUACUUGGACCUUUUGAAAAUCUCACCCGAGGGCUUUAAGACGACAGAAAUCACAGCCAUCACCUUAGCUUGUAAAAAUUUGGAGCAGCUGUUUAUACUUUGCCAAUUUGACCCUAGAUAUUUGGAUUCGGUCGGAGACCAAGCUCUCGCUACGUUAGGGACCAAUUGCCCGCGUUUGCGGGUACUGCACCUCGUGGACAGCAGCGAAUGGGGAGCUCUGAGAAGCGAUCUGAACGAUGAUUUUGCCGAGGAGGACGCCAAUGUGACUAGACAGGGCCUAGGGACGAUGUUCAAAUCACUGCCUCACCUCGAAGGCUUGGCGCUCAUUCUGGGCCAAAACGCAAGAAACUCGGGGCCUGCUCUCGAGCAACUGUUCAAUCACUGCACGAAGCUCACUUCGUUGCAGCUGAGCCAGUUUCACGGACUGUGGUUUGGGCCACAGGAGGACGGAAUCGCAGCGGGCUCGAGAUUGACAGAGCUCACCAUUAAGAAUAGCGUAGAUCUGUCGGAUUCGAGCUUGGCAGCCAUCGGGAGGGGCUGCAAGAGGCUGAAGAAGCUGUGUCUCAGAGGGUGCAGAGGCAUCACAGAAGAAGGCGUGAGGGAGUGCGUGAGCUCGCUCUCGAAGACUCUGAUCGAUGUGGAGAUUUUCUGCUGUCGGCUGCUACCGGCGCUCGAAACUCUGAGAGCUCUCGAGCCCAUUCGGAAUUCGAUCCAGCGGCUGCACCUCGACUGCGUCUGGGACGUCGAGGUGGUCGCCCUGCAGGCGAAGCUCUCGUCCACGCCCGUGCAGCCUCACAUGCCUCGCAAAUACGCGGACGAAGAUCGACUGCGCUGCGAAAUGGAGAAGCGCGGAUUUUUGGAUUUUUGGGACGUGGGACGCAAGAGCAGCAAAUUGGCAGCUUCGCAGAUCGGGACAUCCUCCGACACCUCGCUCGCGGUGGCGGAGACGACGGGGCUGGGGUUGGGGCUGGGGUUGGGGUGGGAUGCAUCGAGCAGCAGCAAGAGCAUGAGCCAUAGCAAUGGACAUUCGGGAUGCGACAAUGCCGCGCGAGGACAGGAGGACGAAGCGCCCGACGAGAAAGUGUGGCCGCGGCUGCAGUUUGUGUCGCUCUGGGUGGGCGUCGGGGUGCUGAUCUCACCGCUCGCGUCCAUGGGGCUGGGGCGAUGUCCGGCGCUGACAGAGAUGCUGAUCAAAGUCGAGGGCGACUGCAAACCUCUGAAGAAGCCGGCCUCGGCCGACCACUGGGGGCUGGCAUCGCUGGGGCGCUACCCCAACUUCAAGAAGCUGACCUUCGAUCUGAGCGAGGUGGUCAGCUUUUCCAUGAGCGCCCCGGAAGGCAUGGUGGACCUGCAGGUGUGGGAGCGCUACUUUCUGGGCGGCAUGGACCAGCUCGCGCUGCGCGAUCUUGAUUACAGGCCGCCCAGCGACAAGGACUUGAACAAUCGCGGCAUUUCUCUUCCUGCCGCCGGCGUCUUGUCGCAGUGCCCGCAUCUGCGGCGCCUGAUCGUCCACGGCUCAAUGCACGAGCACUUUCUGUCCAUGAUCGGAGGCUGCCGCAGUCUGCGCGACUGUCAACUGCGCUGGGAUUACUACCCCGCGCCGGAGUACGAGACGAGCACCGAAGUGCGCAUCGAAUCGACUCGGCGCUUCGAGGCAGCCCUGGACGAGCGCCGUAUCCCCGAUUGAAUUUCGACCUUCCUCUUUUCUUCUUCGACAGGAGCCAGGCACACCCACCGCAGGCCUCGGCCUCGGUCGUGCAGCUCUGUCCCGGCAUUCUUUAGCGCAGUGAGCUGGAGUGCUCUCGUUAGGUUACGGGCUCCACGAGGUGUUCAUCUUUGUAAAUUAAAUUAUUUAGCAUACGCGUCUGAAGGAUCGACGACGACGAGGCUACGCGAGCAUAUGUGACGCAGGAGGAGCAGGAAAUCAUGAGCAGCUGUCCGGUCUCCGCCCGUACACAGACGCAGACACGCAGACACGGCCGGGCACUGUGUCCCCUCGAGCCUCUUGUGUUGCGGGAAUCCAAACGACCGGAACGAACGAGGAGUUGGGGAGGAGGAGCGGGGGGGUACGAGCAUCGGUUUGACCUGACGCCGGUGUGUCUCGUGCGCACCACGUCUGCUCUUUCGCAAGAAGCACGUAAAGACGAAAACGACAAAUUACUUGUCAGGUGGGGGGCGCUCGCGGCUUCAGAACGGCCCCCCGGCCCCGCUCCUCCCGCCGUAUAACGCACAGAGCCUCAACGAUCAGGAAAGUGCUCCGGCGACGAUGGACCCAGAGCCACAUACUGUACCGUACUCGGGCCUGACAACCGGGCGGGCGGUCAAAGCGACGAACCGUCGGUCGGUCGCUCGGUCGGUGCCGAGAUGCGAACGAGGGGAGACGAGGAAUGGGUUCUGGGCUCUGGCGUCCGAGGACGAAUGGAAGGGGGUGUGAUGUGCCCGUAGCAUCUUGCGCCUGCUCGCUGAAUUUUUUAAGCCGCGCGGGGGAGGCGUACAUGCGUCUCGUCAAUAAAGCUGCAGCCAAUAAUGUAAAGUUUAGUCAACAUUUGUGGGUGUGUUGUUCGCAUGCCGCGCAUCUCUUGUUUAUGCCUUCUCUCGAAUUGAAUUCAUUUCAGAGGUUGGGGCCGUUUUAUUCUCUUGCCCCACCCCUCUCUCAGGAGCUGGAA